CGCAGGCGUAAGGGCUAGUCGACAAUCCACGCCUGUUACGACAGAAGUCGUGCCGCCGUAGCCCUUUCCAACUUUGUCCACUGAGCAACACCAUGCAACCACGCAUUUCGAGAGCAGGAUCACAAGCAAAGACGACAACGACGCCGCCGCAGAAAUAUCAAUAAGACCGUUCCAAAACAGCACCAUACCUAGCCAUGUCCAUCCUUUUUACCAGCAUCCUCCUAAGUAGCUGGGACUUGUUCUUCACCAUCCUCGCGGCCCUCGUGGAUAACGUCCGGACCUGUUGCAAGCAAAAAUUGUAUACCUGGUGGCUCGCGGAAUCGCCAGGCGAUCUUGCAAGAAAGCGCAUUGCGACAGCUGAAAGCUUUGAGGAGUGGGAGGCCGGGGCGAUUGCGUUGGAUGAAGUGCUGGGGAAUGAUGUUUGGCGUGAAAGUUACCCCAGCCUCCACUACGACCACCGCGUUAUUAAACGGCGGUUGCAAAGCCUCAUACGUGCGAAAAGUAACAACGAUAUCUGGGUAAUCGUCCACCUUAUUCGAUCUGGGUUGGUCAGAAAUCUAGUCAAUAUCACGUCCCCGCAGCUCUAUGAUUGUGCUUAUUCUGGCACCAAAGUUUUGAUCGAAGAGUAUAUCUCGGAAGUCGGACACGCAAUUGAGUACAUCGCCGCUCUUGAGACCGUGCCGCGCGAUCCCAAGGCCUUUGAUUCACAGGACAAACUUCGAUUGCUCUACGACACUCGACAGGCAUUCGGCAGGUCGGCGUUGAUUCUGCAGGGAGGUGCCGUAUAUGGCACUUGUCAUCUAGGCGUUGUCAAAGCACUGUUUCUGAGGGGGCUGCUACCUCGAAUCAUCACCGGAACCGCGACCGGCGCUUUGGUUGCUGCGCUCGUGGCGGUGCACAAGGAUGAUGAUCUUAUACCAGUGCUGAAUGGGGAAGGCAUCGAUGAAGCUGUUUCAGAUCGGCUGUCCAAGCAGAAGCACAUCAAGGGUUGGAAUAUUCUUAGUCUUCUCGCGCGAGAUAACGGGUACGGGCGGUUACCUUCAUUGAUCCGGCGGACUGAGGAAUAUAUUCGAGAGAGCUAUUUUCCAGAUUUGAAACUCCUGGAGGAAUAUGUCAAAUCCACAGUUGGUGAAAUGACCUUCGAAGAGGCGUUUGCGAAGACAAAGCGUUGCCUGAACAUUACCAUCCCAACUGCUGGGAGAGCAGGGACCCCAAAUCUGCUGAACUACCUAACAGCGCCUAAUGUGUUGAUAUGGUCCGCUGCAGCCGCGUCGAACGUGUCCUCUGCAACUUCUUCACGGGUAACCUUGUAUUGCAAGGACGAGACAGGGGCAGUCGUCCCGUGGCCCGAUGCCAAAGGCCUCCUCUUCAGGUCAUGGCGCGAACUUGGUUAUAACGAGAGAGAAUGUCCUGUUUCCCGCCUGUCGGAACUAUUCAACGUGAACCAUUUCAUCAUUGCACAAGCCAGACCAUUCCGGGUGCCCAUAUACCUACCAGAAGUCGAGCGUCCAGGAAAGGUAGUUUCCCGCCGCGGAGUCCUCCUCGAACAGACCUGCCGUGUUAUAAAUUUGGAAAUACGACAUCGUCUACGCCAACUGGAUAGCUUGGGUCUCCUGCCAACGCCACUCCGGCGGCUGUUAAUCUAUGAGGAUAUAGAAGGUCCGCAUAUGACGAUUUUGCCGGAGCUGGGGUGGAUGGAUUUGUCAAAAGUAUUCAAGCCGCCACCUAGGGCGGGGGAAGAGAUUAGGAGGUGGAUACUUAAGGGGGAGCGGGGGACGUGGCCAGCUAUUGCUGCUGUGCGUGUUCGUUGUACUGUAGAGUUUGCGCUUGAGAAGGGCUACCAGGUUGUGAAGCCGCAGUCGAAGCCUGGGUUUGUGGUAGGGGAUGAAUGAGGAGGGAGUGAGAAGGUUUUCUUGUUUUCUUCUUUUUUGGUGUGGCUCCGGCUUUCAACUGGGCACUAGCACUUGUUUUGUUUAUGGUUUUUCUUUUUGGACAUUAGUGAUAGCAUGGAUCCAUACUUUGGUGCUAUUUCUUA